GGUGAAUCCGGAAAAAGCACUAUUGUUAAACAAAUGAAGAUUAUCCACGACAGCGGCUUUACGCAAGAAGACUUCAAACAGUACAAGCCGGUGGUGUACAGUAACACGAUCCAGUCUAUGGUGGCCAUCCUCAGGUCGAUGCCCAACCUCGGGAUCGGAUUCGGAAACAACGAGAGAGAGGCGGACGCCAAGAUGGUGUUCGACGUCGUGUCCAGGAUGGAAGACACGGAACCCUUCUCCGAGGAACUGACCUUGGCCAUGAAGAGGCUCUGGCAAGAUUCCGGAGUACAAGAGUGCUUCGGAAGAUCCAACGAGUACCAGCUCAACGACUCUGCCAAAUACUUCUUGGACGAUCUUGACCGCCUGUGCAAAAAGGACUACAUGCCCACGGAACAAGAUAUUCUGCGGACGAGGGUCAAAACCACCGGCAUUGUAGAAGUCCACUUCUCAUUCAAGAACCUCAAUUUUAAGUUGUUCGACGUGGGUGGUCAACGCUCUGAGCGUAAGAAGUGGAUCCACUGCUUCGAGGACGUGACGGCCAUCAUUUUCUGCGUGGCGAUGAGCGAGUACGACCAGGUGCUGCACGAGGACGAGACCACGAAUCGCAUGCAAGAAAGUCUGAAGCUGUUCGAUUCGAUUUGCAACAACAAGUGGUUCACCGACACCUCGAUCAUUCUCUUCCUAAACAAGAAGGAUCUCUUCGAGGACAAAAUCAAGAAGUCGCCGCUCACUAUAUGUUUCCCAGAGUACACAGGUGCUCAGGAAUAUGGCGAAGCAGCCGCUUACAUACAAGCCCAGUUUGAGGCCAAGAACAAAUCCACUACCAAAGAGAUAUACUGCCACAUGACCUGCGCCACAGACACCACCAACAUUCAGUUCGUGUUCGACGCCGUCACGGAUGUCAUCAUCGCCAACAACCUCAGAGGAUGUGGCCUCUACUGAAGCCGCGCCCCCUAUUUCUCUUUGUCUUUCCGCAGCUUUCAUCGUCUAUAUUUUGUCUCUCUCUCUUCUACGCAGAAGAUCCUUGAAAAAGUGGGUGUGGCCUACUGUAGGUCACGCCUCAUUCCUCGAGCGCACCUCAUUUCUGGCUUUUUUAUCCCUUGCCUUCUGUUCCUGAGGAUGAUUCCGAAUCUCGAAACUUACCCCGUUUUCUAUUGCCAUGCUUAAUCAUUUCAUGCCACGCCCAAUUCUUUACAGCCACGCCCCACUCUUUCUCUGCGCUUUUCUUAAAUGCAGUCUGCAGACUGCACUGAGACAUUUUUAAUUUAUUUCCACGCUUUCAUUCCAAGCUCUUAGGCUAAGAAGAGCUCUGUUUGGUCUCUGAACAAAUUUUGGUAUUGUUACAUCAAACUAUUUGGUAAUUAAAUAGAUACUAAACAGCGCUGUGAAAAGCGAUUUCUUUUGCAUUCCCUUUUACAAAAUGUACUUUGUUCAGAGUCGAUUUCGGAAAGCUAGGUGUGGUAUUUUCAUUUUCACACCACGUCUGAUGCUAUGUUACGAUGAGAAAGUGGCGAUUUUUGGACGACGAUACAGUUACUGCCAAAAUGUUCUGAUGCAUUUUUCUUUGAGCUUCAUAAAAUUUAGUUCUGAAGACGUCGAAAACGUUCACUUAUGUUAAAAGAGAUGAAGCCCACUAGAUGAUGUUUUUAUUUAGAGAAUCAAAACAUUUUUUGCACAAAAGCUUUGCUCAUUUCGAAGUUUCUUUUGAUUCGGAUCCUCUUUACUUAUCAAUGAUGGUGGCAGGUCGUUCCAGAGGAGAGUAUAUUCAGCACAUGCUACCACCUGCUUCAAUUUUAAAUCAACUUUUUAAAGAUAUAUAUCGCGAGAAUAUCUCGGCUUGUUUCUUUUAAGUUCCAAAUUCGCUUCCGUGGAUGGAUGCCCAGGACCGCAAAGACUACGAGCUGGACAGACUUCAGAAGGUGAUUUCGGACGACAGCAAUUACAAAAGGACUCUGCCACACUUUUCGAGCCCCAAAUCUGUGGUGUGACUUUUUGUGGAAAGAAGAGAGUGCUCGUUGUCUUCGGACAUGAGGGUCAGUGGAACCAUCCACCGGGCCCCAUUUUGUUUCUUUUGUGGAUCAUUGUGCAACCUUCAGUGUAAAUGUUUAUGUCACCGGAACACUGGAUAGAUAAAAAUAAUAAUAAAAU